CCUAGGAGCUGUUGAAAAACUUCUUGUCCUAUAACUGAAGUGCCAUCUCUUAAAUUUCUUCAAAAAGGGAUGAUAACUUGUUUAGCAGAAUGCAGGGCCGCACGCGCCGCAUCUCCACCAAGAUUAUCCGUGCCAUCGUGAACGGUGAAAAUGCUGAGACGGAACAAAAGGCGCGAUCGUUAUGUGCACAGCUCAUACAUUACAUAUUCAACUUUUUCUAUAUCUGGAAUUUGGACCUGAAAUUAUACCGAGGUGAUGAUUUUCUUGCUCUAAGACGCGACGUGUGGCAUUUGAACAAUGGUGCAUACACACAAUCUUUUCAACCUGCAGACGAGAGCCCGUCGCCAGGGUCUAAUGAACAGCAUACGACAAUUCUAGUCCCAAUGGGGAGCCUUGGAUAUAGUGGCUCUACAUUUUUUGAGAGUUUGGACGGUAAAUACAUUGUCAAGUCUCUGGACAGACACUUCGAACAUCAUUUCUUCACGCACGAACUGCUUACGCCGUAUCUGAUCCAUAUGCGGGAACAUCCUGACAGUCUCCUGGUGCGUAUCACUGACCUGCUGCAAGUCUCGCAUACCACUCUGGGAGGCAUAUUCGGCACUGAACCAACACACCAUGUUGUCAUGGAGAACCUCCUUUACGGCACUAGGCAGGCUGGCGAUGCGUCACAUUGUGAAACAUAUGAUCUGAAGCCGAAGGACUAUUUUUUUCCGGAGCGUGAUAUUGCAAAUGGCAACUUGGCGUCGCAAAGUGUGAAGAACAAACUGGUGGAUCACUUUCCAGGCAAAGUGCAAAUAUCGCAUGAGGCUACGGAAGAGCUGAUGGCUUUGUUGGAUACAGACACAAAAUUCCUCGCCGACUUCAAUGUCUUAGAUUACUCAUUAUUCCUUGUGCGCUAUCCCUGCACAGCGGAACCGCCUUAUGCUGGGCCGAGUAAACCGGCUGCUCAAAAUAAACUGGCGGCAAAACCGAUUGACUGUUGGAGAACAGGCGUGGUCUCAAGUGACGAGCAAUGGGUGUAUCGUGCCGUUUUGUUGGACUUUUUCUGGGCUCGACAUAAGUUUCACGCGAGGACCAUGUCUGGCAUCGUUGGGGCCUUUAACAUUUGGGCCGGGCAAGGUCCUAUGACAAUCACUACGGAACCGUUUGAGUACAGGAAGCGCUUCAUGAAAAUGGUUCAAAAAUUGCUGGUAGGAAGGGAAUGCGAUGAAUAAUGGGAUCUCUGCGACUACUCCUGAAAAAUUUAUUAGAAGCCAGUAUUCUCCUCACAGCGCUCUCGAUUUUAGUUCUAAAUAUACACCGAGUUUACUUGUGAGUGCCCACAGUUCAGGCAGAGAGCAUACCCGGCAUUCAUGACUAUAGACUCCGAAUUUCUAGAAGAUCUUCCACCGGAUGACAGUGUGUAAGGAUACUACUGCUUAAUUCCCGAUAUUGUUGAAAUACCUAGUCUAUGGCUUGGAGUACAUUUUAAUAAAGGAUAUUAAUUCAC